CUUAUUAAAUAGAUAAAAAUGGGAGUUGAAGUCGACAAAAUCAGGAAGGGAUUCAAACUGAAUUGGAUGAAUUUACGUGACGCAGACACGGGCAAAGUUAUGUGGCAGGGAAACGAGGAUUUAUCGUUACCGGAUAAGGAACAUGAAGCAAGGGUGCCGAAGAGAAUACUCAAGUGCAAAACAGUAUCCCGCGAAGUGAAUUUUUCAUCCAAAGAAGUCAUGAACGAUUUCCAUCUUGUGCAGCAAGUCAUUUUCAAAGGAAAGCCAAUUGAAGAGUGGGUGUUUCGGUUUGGCUUUGUGAUUCCCGACUCGACCAACACAUGGCAAUCCACAAUAGAAGCAGCACCCGAAUCACAGAUGAUCCCAUCCUCUAUUCUCACGGGCAACAUUGUGAUAGAGACGAGUUUCUUUGACGGGGAUGUGUUAAUCAGCAGGUCACGUGUGAGAAUAUUCUACGUAUGAGAAUAUUUCUACCAAACAACAUCAUUAGAUACAAGUUAGACAAGUGCUGUUAUACUCGCGAUCAAACUGAAUUAUUAGUUAAAAUUGAUUAGUACGAGUGAAAAUCUCAGAUUAUUCGGAUUCUUAACGCUUGCUGGAAAUAACCUUUUUCAAGUUUGAUGAUAUUAUAACCAUUGAAUUUUUAAGGCUUCUAUUUAGCUAUCACAUGAUUUGUUGCUUCGCUUCGAAAUUAAAUGAUCUGAUUUUUUCUCCCGUGCUAGUUAGUUGUUUUGUCCAAUAUUUAAUUUAUCUUUUGGCAUUAUCACCCACUAUCCCUCUUUCCCAAGAAGUUCGCUCACGAAACACUCCUCUGCCGUCUGCAAUAUCACGCGUGAUGUAUUUUGUAUGUUAAUAUUGUAAAUUAUGUGUAUAAAUUGUAGAGAUCACUUUUAUUUGCAAAUCGAUGUAUUAAUUAAAGACUUUAGAAAA